GCCGGGCUCGACUGGCACGCGCGCGUCAAGCCCGGCCGUGGUCAAGGUUGGCUACGUGACGUUAUCUCUCCCUUUUACCUUCCUCCGUGACUCCACGCGUACCGUUUCCAUAGAGACGUUGAUGCUCCGCCGAUCAUGUGCCGCUGGUUACGCCCAUCCCACGGCGCUUUUCUACGCAUCGCCUCGCUUGGUUUGACAUCAAACAAGAAGGUGAGACGCUGAACUUCUCAGUAAGUGAACCUACAAAGAUGCAGGAGACUUCGGAAACAAGCAAGACGACCGAGGGGAAGCCUGUGGUAGUCACUAUUACACGAACGAAUGUCCACGCAGACAAGAUUUUUGUUGAUGUGAAUGUACCAACUGAGGCAGGAACUGCAUUAGGAGCAAGCAGGCCGAGUUCAUCAGGAAGUAACCCUGUUGGAGCGGCGGCUCCCACAACAACAGUUCCAGCCACAUGUGUCAAAGGGCUUUUGGAACUUGCCCGUCGUAUAAUUACUAGGGCCAAGAACUUGUUUGCCGUCAAACAAGGUGACUCGCCCAGCUUCUCAUUAAGCGAUGCUACUAAGAUGCAGGAGACUUGGGAAACAAGCAAGAUGACUGAGGCGCUGCCUGUCAUCACUAUCACAGGAACGAAUGUCACCGCAAACACGAUUAUUGUGAAUGUGAAUGUGCCGACUGAGGUGGGAACUGCAUCUGGAGCAAGCGAUCCAAGUUCAUCAUGUGACAUCAAACAAGAAGGUGAGAUGCCGAGCUUCUCAGUAAGCGAUGCUCCUAAGAUGCAGGAGACUUUGGAAACAAGCAAGAUGAGCGAGUUUUCGCCUGUGACAAUCACUAUUACAGGAACGAACCUUAGCGCCGGCUUGAUAUUCGUGAACGUGAACGUGCAACUUUAAACCACAACUGCAUCAGCUGUAAGCGGGCCAAGCUCAUCCGGGAGCAACACUGUUGGAGAAACUGCCACAACAACCGUGUCAGCGACCUGUGCCAAACGCCUUCUCUAAAUGGCCCGUCGCUUGAUAUCUUGAGUUGUUAACCUAAUGAGGUUUGUUUUCAGUCGUAAAGAAUGAUCGCUUGAAAAUUUGUUCUUUUCAUUUACAGUAUUGUCUGCCUCCCAUUGGCUUUCUCAAAUUGCGUCACAAUUAUGUUUAAAUGUUGUCAUUAAUGUCGUACACAAUUUGGCCUCACAGCAUAGAUUGUCUCAAGGUGGAAAAACUGUAUAACUGAACUUUGGUCUUCAAAUCACAAAUAAAUUGAUGAGUGCUUAAUGCCUAGUUCUGAUUAUGUAUCGCUCAUAUAGUAUCUGGUUCUUUCCCCGUGGCAUGCAAUAAACUUCAAACUUCUUUAUGA